GACAACAUGAGCAAUCUUACAUCUGUGUCCACUUUUCUGCUGCUCCAGUUUUCAGAUGUCCGAGAGCUGCAGUUCAUUCACUUCCUUGUGUUCCUCACAAUGUACCUGAUGGCAGUGACAGGGAAUCUUCUCAUCAUCAUUGCAGUUGCCCUUGACCACCGCCUGCAUACCCCUAUGUACUUCUUCUUAUUCAAUUUGGCCAUGAUUGACCUUGGAACAAUUUCAGCCAUUGUACCAAAAACCAUGGCUAUGUCUCUCAUGAAUGAUGUUUCCAUUUCUUAUUCUGGGUGUGUUGCUCAAGUUUUCUUUUAUUUAUUCUUUGGAUCAUUGGAUCUAGCUGUGCUAACGGUAAUGGCAUAUGAUCGCUAUGUUGCAAUUUGCAACCCACUUCAGUAUGAGAGAAUUAUGCACAAGGGAGCCUGUCUUCAGAUGGUAGCCAUUGGGUGCAUGGCUAGUCUUUUGUAUGCUACGGUACACAGUGGUGGCACUUUUGCAAUUACCUUCUGUUCUAAUAUUGUCAACCAAUUUUUUUGUGACAUCCCACGGUUACUAAAACUCUCUUGCUCUCGCAUUUAUCUAGUGGAAGUUGGAUUUCUUGUAAUAAGUUUUGGUAUGGCAGUAGGAUGCUUUAUCUUUAUCACUGUAACAUAUAGUCACGUCUUUGCCACAGUUUUUAGAAUUCCCUCUGUUCAUGGUCAGAAAAAAGCCCUCUCCACCUGCCUUCCCCACCUCACUGUUGUCUCCUUAUUGAUAUUCAGUUGUCUCUUUGCCUAUGCAAAACCUCCCACUGGUACAUCAUCUCAUCUAGAUAUAGCUUUUUCUGUGGUAUAUACUAUAAUUCCUCCCAUGGUAAAUCCAUUCAUCUAUAGCAUGAGAAACAAAGAGAUCAAGAGUGCCCUGUGGAAACUGUUCAAUAUAAAAAACUUUACUAAGAAUUCUGUAGUUUGCAAGGACUAA